GUGGGUAUCGCCACUGAGUAAUGAUAAGCCCUCCCCCCAGUGUGGUUCAUCGCGGGGUUAUGCUGUCAAACGGAGUUUGCGUGCACUUGGGAGGAAACUCUCCCUGGUUAGCCGAUCUUUUGCCGACGUCCACACCCAACCGACUUUAAUUAGAAAUGGCGUUCCGUGGCGGUGCAGUGGUCUUGUUGGGACUAUGCAUGCUGUAUCCAACCACAGAGCUAGGAACACAUCCAACCGACAGCGAAGGACAAGCAAGUUACAGUGAAUGGACUGACGUUUGGGGAGAAGAAAGUUACUAUAUAAAGCUGAUCCUUCAGUUGACAACAACGCAUCACCCGCUUGUCAUUCCGCCGAGGAUGCCCGUGAAUGUCACUUACGGUCUUGACCUCAGCAGCAUUGACAGUGUGAACGAGAAGGAAAACAUCAUGCGGAUCUCAGUUUAUGCAGAAAUGAAAUGGGUUGACCCGCGUGCCCAAUGGGAGCCAUCCAACUUCGGUGGAAUUGUGUUCAUGGAUGUACCACCAGACAAACUCUGGUACCCUGACAUUAGACCCCAUGCUCAAAUUUUGGAGAAGGAAGAAGUUAGCUUGCGUGUCCAUUUUGACGGGACCAUCUAUCACUACCCUCAGAUGCGACUGGCCGUCCCAUGCGCUAUGCACUUCGCUUACUACCCAUUCGACACUCAAAGGUGCACCCUUAACGUGGAAUCCUGGAAGCACGACGCCUCUGUAAUCAACCUCACCCUCCCUGAGGGACCGUUGGAGAUUAGACCUACUGUGACAAAAGUCUUGCCCAACCCUGAGUGGCAAGUACAGGAAUUCACGGCGGCCCGACAUGAGGACAAGUAUCCUUGCUGCAACGGACUUUACCACAGUCUGGCAUUCAGCAUGAUCGUGAAACGCCAGGCUCAGGAGUACACAGUUCGCGUACUGGCGCCCUCUGUUGUCACCUCUCUCCUCAUCCUGCUGUGUUUCCUCAUCCCUCCUCACUGUGGCGAGAGAAUCCUCUUUGUCUCCAUCUUGCUCCUCUGCAUUCUCCUCCAGCUCUUCCAACUCAACCUCACCGUACCCAUCCGUGGCCCAGAUGCACCCUAUCUUGCUGACUUCCUCUGCUUUAGCGUUUUCUUGGCCUUCUUCGCAGUUGUCGAGAGUGUCUUGUCCCUAAACCUGUCUCGUGGUGUACGGGGGAACAGCAACGGGGAGGAGUUUAUAACACAGACCAAAACCAAUAUGGGAAUGACGCGAAUCGCUCGCUUCAUCGAUAUUGGCUGCUUCAUGGUCUUCACCUUCAUCUUUGCUGUCGCUGGGGGCGUCAUCCUCAAUCCAAACACCGAGUUCAAAUGACUUUUCUCACGAUUCCUUUUAAACUGAGAGCUACAAUCCACAGUUGCUUUUAUAUUGUUUCAACGUUGGUUUGACCCAAAAUCAUUAAUCCAGCAUACGAGUGGGAUGUAUCUUCUAAGAUGUUAUGUUGUGUGGCGGAUCUGAUCUGUGGUAGUGUUCUUCAGCCACAUUGCUCUGUGAAGAGAGCCUCUUUACAGCAAAUUCCUUCUCUGUAAAUAAAAUUAUGUAGUUGAAAAGUGAGCACUUUCCCUGUCAUAUUAUAAUUCAUUUUUAACAUAUGGACCUUAAAUUGUAUUUUGUGUUGUGUGAAAUGUUGAUAUGAAUACAUUAGUAGUAAGCUUGCAUUUUCUCAUCAGUCAAUAUUUUGUACAGUCCAGUGUUACAUUGAGGCUUUCUUCCUGCGCCUGGUACAUGAUCACAACUGUUGUGCUCACCAAUAUGGAAAUACUCGUUAGCAUAAAAACAACAAAGGCAAUAAAACGCCCUAUCAACGUCUUGGAACAAUAGUUGAAAAUAAGUUUACAUUAAAACAAAUUGAUUGAAGCUAUCUUUAAAUGAAAUGUUGCAAAUUCAGAUUGUCAAAAUGUAACUUGGAUAAAGAUGCUAAAUGGUCGUCGAUGAAUAUUCAAACUUUACUUAUCAUGUGAUCACGUCAUCGUUUAUGCCAUUUCACACAAUAUCGUGAGAUAUGUAGAUCGCGGCGAUCAUGAGAUUGCAGGGCACGCAUUUUUUUAAUGUGCUUUGAUUUAUUUGGACAUACUCUGAGCUACUUUUGAAAAAGAAAACAAUAAGCUCGAAACACA